UCGGCAAAAACUAUUGUACAAGUUGAAAAUAUUACUUAUAUUUGAUAAGUUUUAUUUAUAUUUGGAAUGUGUUCAAAUGAGAACAAAAGAAGAAAUUCACUAGUGCGUGCUAAGAAAAUAAUUUCGUCUACUGUCGCAGGUGAUUGAACAAUUGCAAUGGUACAGAUUAAGAAGUGUUUGUCUAUAGUACUUGUAGUGUACGCAGGAAUACAUGCCGUCGUUUCAUUGGACGUUGACUGUAACGUCUUGGUGGGAAGCACAGAUGCAUUUUGUAACAUGCUUGUAAACAACAGCGCGUGCUGGGAUGGCACGUGCAAAUGUGUUGACGGAUUCAUGGAAACUGGGAAUGGUGAAUGUAUUGAAGAUAAAGAUGAGGUUUCGAGCAGCAGUGAAUAUGGAAUAGUUGACAGUUUCGAAUGGAUCAACAAAAAAGUGGAAACAGAAACCAUUGUUCGAGAUGAAGUUAAAAGCAGCGUGUAUGAGAUGGAACUUCCAAAUCUAAAGGAAGUGACAGAUGCAGAUGAUUACCUGGAAAGAUAUCGGCGACAAGAUACAGGUUUAGAGGGUUGUGGUGAAGAGCCAGAAACAGCUUCUCUGUUACUGGAUUAUGGUUCAGCACUACAAGAUACUAGCAUUGCUAGGUCAAAUGAUGGAUGUACAAAAUUAGAAUUUGCCUUCAAGCUUCCAUUUCUAAAGACACUAGGCUUCAAUGCCGUAUAUGUAUGCGUGAAUGGGGUGGUUUCAUUUGGAUCACCAUUAGAGAGUCCAGAUCCACCGUCGAACAAUGUAAAACAACCCUAUUUGUCAGGUCGCUACGUAGCCUGUCCGUAUUUUGCUGAUAUAGAUAUUUCCUCCGUCGGAAAUAUAUGGUACCAUGCUUAUAGUGCUGCGGCGGGUGAUCUUAGCAAUGACAGUACUGAAAAGAAGGUGGUUGAAGAGUAUGUGCACAGCAUAUAUAAUCCAACGUUUGAGUCGAUUUUCCUUUUGAAAGUGACAUGGGCAGCUUGUCGACGAAGUGGUGGACUAGCUGACGAGACAGUCACGAUGCAAAUGACCUAUGUGUCAGAUCUGAAUAAUGCAUAUAUGUUUUACACAUAUGUUGACGGAGAAAUGAAAUUCAAAAACGGAAGACAAUUUAUCGGUGUUGUAGCAAACGGACUGCCUAAUGGUCUGGUAGACAGUGCAGAUUUUACUACCCUAAAAAGACCUGAUCAAUUUCUUAAUUUAAAAAAUCGUAACGGCCUUGUAGCAUACUCAGUGGGGUCUGUUACACCUUUUGACAGCGAGAGUGUGUGUAUAAGAUGGGUACAAGGGGAGCUAGCAAAUUUAGCAAACUAUGAAUCAGCAGUCAGGAACCGACUACCUAUAUGUCCAUGUAACCGGUUUGUGGCACGUCUUAUGAAUAACUUCAUCUUUGUCGGUGAGGAAGGUGGAACUAUUACAUACGCGGCUGCACCUUCGGCGUCUUAUGCACCCUAUGGACAGACAUGCACAUAUCGAAGGAACGGCUUUAUUCGUAGCCGGCCAAGAAGAGCCGGUCGUUUUCAAAGAUACAAUCAGAUAUCGCAUCCUGACCUUCAUCAACAAGAUUUGAUUUACAAGGAUAUUUGUUGUACACAAUCGAAUCUGUGUCGUCUCUAUUAUGCAGUAAGACCUCGAAUUCAGAGUUGUUUUUUCAUUCCUAUAUUCGUUAUAGGAUUUGGUAGAGGCGAUCCUCAUUUUGCUACACUUGAUGGACUCGAUUAUACAUUCAAUGGCCUUGGAGAAUACUUGCUUAUAAAACACAAUGUCGCAAAUCCAAAACUAGAAAUUCAAACACGGACUGCAAGGCUUGCGACCACAGACGGACUAUCAGAGGCUACAGUUUUCUCUGCGUUUGUAGUUAAAGGCUUAGAAAAUUUCGUCCAAGUUGAAAUCAAGACCGGCGGAAUGAGUGUGGCGGUUAAAAUUGGAGAUAAUAACUGGAUAGACUUAACAAGUGAUUUUGAAAGUAAUACGCUCUCCUUCACAGAGAGUGAUUUAAAUCUAAAACGAGAAGACAAAGAACUAGUGGCAUUCUUUAACGCAAUAGGUGUUCGAUUUACCGUGUCAGAAAGUAAUGGUCUACUGCAGUACAGCAUUUCUUUUGCGGGUGAUGAUUUUAAAGGUCAAAUGAUCGGGUUACUAGGUAACUUCAAUGGUGAUAAAUCGGAUGACUUGAUUCCAAAAGGAAGUACAACUUCUAUACCUGAUACAUCCAACGACAAAGAAAUAUUUCAACAGUUUGGAAAGACAUGGAUAACCACUGCAGAGGAAAGCAUAUUUAAAUAUGCCGAAGGAAAAAGCCACGAUCAAUUUAGCUUUCCGGAUUUCGUACCAAAGUUUCUAGCAGAUAUUGAUCCGGCAAAGUUGGAAGAAGCCAAAAUACAAUGUGGUGGUGAAAACGAGAUAGAAUGUAUUUUUGAUUAUUCUAUAACCAACGACUUGAACGUUGCCCAAGAUACCAAAUUAGCUGUUGGAAAGGCAGUUGAAGACAAAGCACUUGCAGCCAACGAAAUUCCUAACGUUGCACCAAGUAGCGGAGCAAUAGAAAAGGAUGAAUUAUACUAUAUUCAUACUAUGAUCAAUGAGAAUAAGAAGAUUGUUGUAGUAGGGCAAGAUGACGGCACUGUAACAGCCGAGCUGAUAGAUUCAACAGCAACUGCAACUUUAGCCGCCUCAGCAACUGCUGGGACUUAUGAAAUCAAUUUAUCUGUCCAAAAUGAAAACCCAGUAUCUCUAAGUGUAGUUGUAAAGGACGACAAAGGCGCAGAAUCGCCGGCGUUAGAAUUCAUCAUAGUACUGUGUACCGGCUGUAACUCACGUGGUGUCUGCGACUAUGACAACAUACGUGAAGAUGCGCGGGAAACAGACACUUUCAAAUAUGCAACUUGCACCUGUGAAGAAUAUUAUGACGGUGCCGACUGUGAGAACGACUUUGAUGGAUGUUUUGCUAAACCUUGCUCUGAUCGUGGCUGUACGGACACAGUAGCCGCCGAACACAAAGCCAACCCGAGCUUAAACGCAUUUACAUGUGGUCCAUGCCCAACUGGUUAUGAAGCCGAUGGUGCAAAAUGUAAAGACAUUGAUGAAUGCACGGACACUACAAUAUGUGGUCAACAGUGUAUAAAUAUAGAUGGGAGCUAUAAAUGUGAAUGUAACAAUGGAUACAGACUGGACCCGAAUAAAAAAGACUGUAACGACAUCAAUGAAUGCGAUGAGUCAACAAGUGGAUGUGAACAGAUCUGUGAAAACACGGCUGGAGCAUUUACUUGUUCUUGCCAAACUGGGUUCACUAUAAACGCAGACACAAAAACAUGCGCUAAAGAUGCUGCUUUACCCACCGGAUGUGACGCAAUUGACUGUUCUAAGGCAGAAGGUUGCACGCUUGAUAAGGACAAUAAUGCAAUAUGUUUCUGUAAAGCCGGGUUCAGUCUUCAAGGCGAUAACACGUGCGCAAAUAUAGACGAAUGUACUGCUAGCCCAUGUGAUCAAACUUGCAAAGAUAAUGAAGGAGGGUUUGAGUGUAGCUGUCAUGUUGGAUACAAGCUACAAGACGACAAAGUAUCUUGUAAAGCCUGUGAACCGCCAUUCUUCGGCGCCGACUGUGCAAGUAAAUGUGAGUGCGAUGUUGGCGCCACAAGUUGUGAUCCAGUUCGCGGUUGUGUUUGUGGUGCCGGAUGGACCGGAACUAAUUGUGAAACUGACGUCAACGAAUGUGACACACUGGGUACUUGCACUGACACCGAUAAAGAGUGUGUAAAUAUUGUUGGUUCGUACAAGUGUAGCUGUCUUGCAGGGUACAAAGCCGACGAGAAUGCACAAUGUGUUGAUAUCAAUGAGUGUAAUGAUAUAAAUCUGAAUACAUGUGAAAAAGUGUGCACGAAUACACCAGGUGGAUUCUCGUGCAGCUGUCCUUCAGGCUACAGAGUUGACCCUACGGAUUCAAAGAAAUGUAUAGACAUAGACGAAUGUACAGAUGGGGUAUCUGGCUGUGAACAUAUCUGUGUGAACAACAUCGGCCGAUACAGCUGUUUGUGUAAAUCUGGCUAUACCAUAAAUGAUGACAGAAAAACGUGUACCCUCUCUGAGGAUCCAUGCGCGGCGUUUACUGCCGUCAGCUGCUCACAUAUCUGUGAGUUUGUUAAUGAUGCCCCCAAGUGCUCGUGCAGAAUUGGGUUCAUUCUUGGUGAUGACGACCAAACAUGUAUUGAUAUCAACGAAUGUGAUCCAAACGAGAACUUGAAUAAAUGCAGUGAGAAAGAUACAUGUGUCAAUGUGAACGGUGGCUUCACUUGCUCUUGCAGUCCCGGGUUCAAGCUGGAAAACGACAAGUUUACUUGUACAGCAUGCGACUCCGAACACUAUGGUGUCAAUUGUGCAAAUGAGUGUGCUUGUGGCGCUGGGGCUGAAAAGUGCGAUCCUGUAACGGGCUGUGUUUGUAAAGAAGGCUGGAGCGGCGAUAAAUGUGAUGUUGACAGAAACGAAUGCGUUGACUCGCCGUGCACGGCGGCCAACACGGAGUGCGUGAAUAUUCCCGGCAGUUACCAGUGCCCGUGUAAAUCGGGUUACAAAGAAAAUGCAAAUAACGUAUGUGAAGAUAUUGACGAAUGUGCGAGUACCGCUAGUAUUUGCGAGCAGAAAUGUGACAAUACUGUAGGUAGCUAUACAUGUUCAUGCUUUGCUGGCUUUGUGGAGAAAGAUGGUAAAUGCGAAGAUAUUGACGAAUGCCAAAGUCAACAUGACUGUACUCAAGUAUGUACCAACUCACUUGGAAGCUACAGGUGUUCCUGUAACGAUGGAUACAACCUUGACCUUACAGACAGGGUCACGUGCACAGCCGCUGAAACGUGUGUGACCAAUCCAUGUGGAUUAAACACGGACUGUGCUGUAAUUAGUGGGACAGCAACAUGUACGUGCAAGGCAGGUUUCAAGUUCGUUACAGGAUCCACAACAGUAUGUGAAGAUAUACUUGAAUGCAAUUUUGACCCAAGUCCCUGCUCACAAGACUGUGCUGAAACUCCUGGAGGAUAUACUUGCUCGUGUAACUUGGACGGAUUUAAGUUAGACACGGACAGGAGCACGUGCAUUGAAUGCACUGAUAAUACAUAUGGUAACGAUUGCACACAGCCUUGCAAUUGUGUGGUUGCAAACACAGAAUCGUGUAGUAAUGUUGAUGGUGCGUGCACGUGUAAGGAAGGAUGGAAUGGCGCCACGUGCGCAGAUAACAUUGAUGAAUGCCCCACAGUCACGUGUCCUGAGAAUUCGGCAUGCGUCGACACUGAAGGUUCUUACUAUUGUAAAUGUGCAGCUGGAUAUGUAUUGACAAGCGAAAACGUCUGUCAAGUGUGUAAUGAAGGGACAUACGGAGAAAACUGUGGACAGAAAUGUGCCUGUAUUACCAGCAAAACAGAGACCUGUAAUGCCGUUGACGGCUCGUGUACAUGUAAUGGUGGCUGGGAAGGGACUAUAUGUAAUCAAAAUAUAAAUGAGUGUACGAGAAACACGUUCGACUGUCCGGCAGAUUCUACAUGCCAGGAUACCCAAGGAUCAUAUGUCUGCAACUGUAAUAUUGGGUUUAUAAAGACAGCAGACGAUAUGUGCAAAGUUUGUGAGCAAGGAUCUUUCGGUCAAAAUUGUGAGAAUGUUUGCGCAUGCGUACCAAGUAAUACCGCAUCUUGUAAUUCUGUGGAUGGAACUUGUACAUGUAAAGCUGGCUGGGAGGGCACAACGUGUAAUCUGAAUAUAAACGAAUGCACGAGAAACACGUUCACGUGUCCACUUUUAUCCACGUGUGAAGAUAACGACGGCUCAUAUGUGUGUAAUUGCAAUGCAGGCUAUCAAAAAGAUAGCAACCAGCAGUGUAUAGACAUCAAUGAAUGCACGGCAAAUACCGACAAUUGUAAUCAGAAAUGCACCAACACGAUUGGUUCUUUUACGUGCUCAUGUGACAUAGGAUAUUCUGGAACCGGAAAUGAUUGUACACAGUGUUCCGCAAGUUGGGGAGAACAAUGUGCUAAUCCGUGUAACUGCAACGGUGAUAAUACAGUACGUUGUGAUCACGUGACCGGAUGUGUAUGCAAAGCUGGUUGGCAAGGCGUCACGUGCGCUGAUGAUGUCAACGAGUGUGAUACAAACCCGUGUGGUGCUAACGAAUUAUGCACGAAUAAUGUAGGAAGCUACACAUGUGCUUGCAAGACAGGGUAUAUAAAAGAUCAAGAUGUUUGCAACGCAUGCACUAACAAUGGAUACGGCGACAAUUGUGGAACGUCAUGUAACUGUGUUAACGCCAAUACAUUAGUCCCAACACAAUCAUGUGACCAUAUCACCGGAACUUGUCGCUGUAACGCAUUCUGGGAAGGUUCUCGGUGUCAAACAGACAUAAAUGAAUGUACAAACAAUACGGACAAUUGUACGAAGGACAAUGAGGGUUGCCAUAAUACAGUGGAAGGGUUCGAGUGCUCGUGUGUGCUGGGCUAUGUAAGAGAUACAAACGGAAAUUGUGUCACAGAUACUUCCCCGGGAGUAACCACCGCGGCACUUCCAGCGGCGACAGUUUCGAUCAACAUUGUACUGACUUUGGAACAUACUUUAACAGGAAAUUUACAAGUUACCUUAACAAAUGCUCAAUAUAAAGAGGAAUUCAAGACAAAGAUGACAGCAUAUUUAAGGAGAGUCCUCGGUGAUGUCACGUUCACUGUCACCGUCAACAGUAUAACGUCAGGCAGUUUGGUGGCCGAUUACAAUGUUGUUUUACCUAAGACGUCAUUACCUGACCUUGGCAAGGCAAAUGGCGACCUGGCAUCCCACAAGGAAAACAUAACACUCUUUGAUCAAACAAGUCCAGUUAACAGAGCUGUCGUAGAAAACACGUCAAUACCAACAGGACAGAACGCCGCGUCAGACGCCCUUACAUGUAAAGCUUAUGAAGCUUCUAUAAAUAACUGCAAUACAGAUUAUACAUGUAUGGUCAAAAAUGGAAAACCAGUUUGCGAGCCUGAUGAGGAGGACAAUUUUCCGUUGAUAUUUGGCCUCGGUUUCGGUAUUCCAAUGUUCCUAUUAUGUGCUCUAGCCAUAUUUGUCCUGGUAUGGUUCAUACGCAGCAGAAACAGAAAACGCGCCAAAAGAAGGGAAAUACCAGACGACCGGAGCAGUUCUCUUUUUGGUCACAGAUUACCCGUGCGAGUUAUCACAGGAGUGCCAGGACCUUUCAGUGUAUCACCAGAAACACGUGCUUACGAACCCUCCGAACACUCGAGUGAAACGUCUGAUUUUGAUUACAGAUUUGAUAGAUUUGAGAAUGAACCGACAAGGCCUGGUCAGUCUACCUGGAACUACCUCUUUCAUACAAGCCGUGGCGACGAUAAGUAUCAUAUAAGACGGCCAAAAGUGGAACAAGAAGCGUGGGGACGUUAUACAUACGACAACUAUUACUGAUGAUAGUAAAUUAGACAUUACCACACGAGAUUCUCGUCUGCGUCAUGAGAAUGCGCAGACAACAAUUUUCGGCGUAGAUUACAUUCUACAUUUCAUAUACUUUACAGAACGGAUAUUACCAUACAUUUAUAAUAUAGAUUAUAUAUUUGGAAAGAUUUUUUUUGGAGUUGCUUGUUCAAGCAACCAACAUAUUUUUGAUAAUUCCAUCAAUUUCAAGAGUUAAGAGAUGCUUGAUUAUAAUGUAUUUAUCUGGUCAUGCCCUACAUUAUAGUGAAAGAAUUAUUUAAAACGCUUUCGUUUUGUUAACACAUUUUAACAUUAUUUAACGAUUCAUUUCAUUUGUAAAAAGUUCAAAAAUACAUUAUAAGACGAAUGGAAACAAACCGUGGACCUACUAAAACUAAAAAAUCACCUAGGCGGAUUAAUUCAGUCACCACACUUGUUAAUUAUUAAAACAAUGUCUUAUGCAGGGUACUGUUGAAAUAACAUACCACUAUGUGGUAAAUGAUUUCCUAUAUCAAUACCACACUAUUAUGCCCUGGCAAUUAUUCACGAUAAAGGAAAAUAUGACAUAUUUGUAAAUUAAAUGUUUUUUUGCCAAUGUGUUAGGAUAAAAUAGCUUGUUAAAGCAAUAGUUUUGGAAUGCAUUGCGAUUAAGUACAUACACAUACCUUUACGUGAAGGUGUCUGCCUCUCGACACAGGGAUCUUGUGUUCGAGCCCAACUCUGAUCACGACCAAGUUUCCUCAUUUGACACCAGUACUGUAUAAGUCCAGGAAGCGGACUCGAAAGUGAUUAAUAUAAGUUGUAAGAACUUGUUUUAUAAAACAGGCAUAAACUAAACUAAGUGCAUUUGUUUCAAAAAUUGUUUUUAUUUACUACAUUAAUUUGUUAGAAAUGAACAAAAGAAGCCUGUUUUAAACUAUUAUUUUUUUGCGUUAAUUAUUGUGUAAAAGUACUGUACAAACAAUUAUCUACAUGUUAUGUUUAUUUCAUAUUUUAUAUUGAUAAUAUUUAUUCACAUAAGAAUAUAUAUAUGAUCGUGAUAUUAACUGAAUAUGGUGACAGGAAAAAGUAUUACGUUUGUAACGUUUUAUGUAAAUAUGUGUUUGUUGAAUGUGCCAAUCAUAUCGUUUUAAUUUUUUGUCCCUUAUCUGUCCCUUAGUUGUCCCUUAGUUGCCCCUGAUUGAGUGUGGAGCAUGGAUGGUAAUAAAUUCUUGGUAAAGGUGGUUUGAAUUAAUGAUGACCUUAGCGCGCUAAGAUUACAUUGGUUAAGUCAACAUGCAUUUGAAUUAUUAGCUAUGUGAAAUAUCUUUAAAGGCCCAUUAUGUAUCGGAAACAAAUAUAAUGCUACAACUUUAGAAAAGGGAAACAUGAAUUUUAUAACAUUUAGGUAAUGAUUUUAGAGCAUUCUAGAGGCUUGUAACCUGAAGAAAUUAGCGAUUAAUGUUAAAUAAUGUGUCACAAAAGUAGCAAAAUAUAAAUAAAGUAGUAUUUUGAGUUCCAUACAAACAACUAAAUCCCCACCACUGUACAAACUGACAAAAUACAACAGAUGAAAAAAGUGAUUCAGGUAAUUGACAAUGAGUUACUUUCUUGAAACUUUAAAAAACAUACCAAAAAAAAAAAAAAAAAAUAUUUUGAGAAAUAUAAAUAAAAGCAUUUCUGAUGUAUAAUGGGCCUUUCAGGACACCUACUGAAAAUAGCACCGGAAUAUUUUGUUACGGAGCACUUCUCUUUUUUUUCUAAUUUUGAUAAAAUAUUUCAUCAGAUAUAGCUUUUAUAAACUUUAAGAUAUUUGCCAAAAGAAAACAUUUAAAUGUGUUAAGAACGAAAGUACUAAGCAUACUCAUUUUGAGUAUGCGACCUUGAUUUUGGGACGUACCAUUGUUAGUAUGAGGGGUGUCAACUGUACAAAUUAUAUGUAUCUGUUGUUUUUUGUUUAAUUUAAAUCCUUAAUAAUUGUUGAAUCUUGCCUUUGAUCCACGGGUAACUAUUUCUGUUUCAGCUGCAUUUUGAUCAAUAUUUUAAAGCGGCCUUCAUUUUUUCUCAAGGUUAGAUAUCAUAAUUUUAUUUUAGGUAAACCGUUUAAUAUUGUCAAAUUAAAAGAAUUAAAGUGUUAAAUGAAAUUUGCCGUCGAUAAAAUACAUAAACAAUAAGGAAACCCCUCCAUACCUCGAUUCGUUUCCCGAUCUUCUAUUUUUAGGAACGAACGCCAUUGGUGCCCUAUAAAUAGCUUUCGGUACGCUGUUUUUAUUGCACUUGAUGGGUAAAUGAAGUUGAUUGAAUGUUCUUGUUUGUCACAACGUGAUUUGUUACGUUUUUCAUAUUUAACCUAAUGGAUAUUGUUAAAGUUCUUUCAUAUUAAUCUUGUAAAAUAACUGGGAGAUUUCAAAAAUAUAUCUACAUUUAAGAGUUACUUUAUUUAUUUUAUAUCUUUUUAUUUUUGUUGUCCAAUUUGUAUGACGAACCCGUUUCCAGAUUUUAUCAAACUAUACUGAUUUAUUUCCGUUUUCUAUACGUUUUUAAGUUAAAAAAUAAAUUAUGCAACAGUU